CUGGAGUCAUAUCCAGACCCGAUUCAUACAAGAGACCGCUAGAGAGACGAGGAGAGAGACAUGCCGGCUCAGGUGGGAACGUACAACGCUCUUUUUUUCGCAGGGGCAUUUGUUGGGGGCAGGACGUGCUGACUCCGGACCUCUUUCCAAAAUGACGGAGGGGCAUGUUGGCGUCCUCGCACCGGGGCCAACGAAAUUUGAUCUUAACCAACCGAAUUAUAAACUUCUGAGAAGACUCUACUGCAAGAACGGAGGAUAUCAUUUACGUGUACUGCCAAGCGGUGCUGUAGAUGGCAGUCGACAAGAGAACGACGUUUACACUGUCCUAAAAGUGAAAGCAGUGAAUGCAGGAGUGGUGGCAAUCAAAGGGCACACGACGGAGAGUUACUUGGCCAUGGACAAACACGGACAACUUUAUGGCACUCCCACACUGAACGACGAGUGUUAUUUCUUGGAGAGGAUGGAGGAGAACCACUACAACACGUACAGGUCACAGAAGUACAAGGACCUUGGCGACUGGUACGUGGGAAUCAAAAAAAGCGGACAGGUGAAAAGGGGCCCCAGAACCCACCGGGGCCAGAAUGCUGUAUACUUCCUGCCAAUUCCAAUUCCGUGAAUAUCUGCAUCCAAUGAGGUUUCAGCUGGGUGACUUCACAUGGCUUUUUGGAAUUAAUAAUGCGCACCGAAUUGCAUAUGACCAAGAAAGUAAAGUAAAAACAAUUACUGAUGUAUUUAUAGAGGACAUAAAGCUUGUUUUAGGAAAGUGCUAUUUUGUUAUUUAUUCUUUUCUUCAAUGUACAUAUUAAUGCAAAAAAUGUGUAAUAGUAAUGUUUUGUUUACUAAAUCAUAUUCAUCAUAUUUGUAUCAUGAUAAAGUAUUUUGAUAUUA